AUGGCCCCAACUCAUCGCCAUACAUCCGCGACGCUGCUGCUUCAUUUCUUUGUCGCCGUCGUGAUCUUAAGCGGCGGUGGAAGUGUUGAUGCCGGCGGGAGAGAGGUUCGGUUGGGAAGGAGGAAUCUUAUUUCCAAUGGACUUGGUCGUACGCCACCUAUGGGGUACCCUUUUCCACUUUCUUGGCUGUUUUUGUGGUCUUCCUUUGGUUUAGCGGACGCUAUGGUUUCAACUGGACUCGCCGCAUUGGGAUAUAAAUACAUCAACUUGGGUAAAUCAUAUUUUCAUAUCUAA